AGUGCAGCAGCUAAAAAUUUUUCCCAUAAGUUUUUAAAAUGUCUGCCGUGUAACAUACUUAGUGAAACGUUCGUUCGUCGAUUUUUUUAAUUUUUCAUUGCUAAAUUGAAACAAAAAGAUCUCAAAAACAUCUCGAAUACCUGGAUUGUUAUUUGAUAAAUCAUAAUUUACAAUGAGUUAAUGUAAAACACUUGAUUCUAAUUCAGAAAUUUACAAAGAAAAACCGAAAAACUAGAAGUGAUGUCCGCUCAUUAAAAAAUUAUUAUAAGAACAAGAACGGAGAACCGAAGAACGAAACGGGCCGACGACGACGAGCGACGAAAUUUUUUCUUUUCCUUCACCCCCAAUAGAUACAGGAUACAUAAUUUACAUUAGUGCGUGUGUUUUGUGUGCGAGUUGAGAGUUGCGAUUGCGAGUGUAGCUUCCCACUACCUCCUCCGCCGAUCCAACUAAAACCGAAUAAAUAAAGUGAUUCUAAUUGUGAUUCUUGAAAAUUUCAUUACAAAAUUACGUCUCUGUCUCGGUUUAGGCAUUUGAAUGGGAAAUCUAAAUAAAACUGAGAAAUAAUUUAACUAAUAAUGCUGACUACGGUUACGGAAAACUCAUCCGAUAUUCCCAAAAUAGACAAGGGAGCUAAUAAGCAUCAAAAUCAAAACCAGAGCUUCACCACCGCCACCAACACCUCAAGUAUCAUCAUUAUCAACGGUAGAGGCAACGGCAGUACUAGCUCAAGCUCCAGUUUAAGCCAUAGCAGCAGUGGCAGCAGUUCUAGUUUCAGUUCAAAUUCGACUUCAUCAACGAAUUGCUUUUCCAGCUCUUCUAGUUUCAGCACCAGCAGCAGUAGCAAUAGCAGCACCAAAACCAGAACCAGCAGCAGCAGCAGCAUCAACGGCAGGAAAAUUCAUUGAUUUUCGGUUUCUCUUCAUCCUUGAUGGUGUGGAGUGUGGUUAGCCCUUAGCGUGUGUUAUUUGCCUUGUCUUUGUGUGUGCAUUAUUUUAUCAAAACCGUCGACCGACGACGGACGAUAAAAAAAGAAAAGAAAAAAAGUAAAAAGAAAAUAAGAAAAGAGAAGAGAAAGUUGGAAAAAAGUUGUUCUUGUUCGCCUAUCGCUGUCGAAUAUAUCGCAUAAGCAAAGCAUAUCGCCUGAGUGUCAGUUCAGUAUCAGUGUGUUGUGUUGUUAUCCUUAUCUCUGUUUAACGGUAUGUGUUUAUUUUCCGUGUCACUCUCAUACAGCGCCACUCAUCAACUCACCAACUCAACGUAACUGCGUGGAUCCAUGUAGAAAGUAGAGAAGCAAGCAGAACGAGGCCUGGCUUAUAAUAAAUAUAAUAAAAUAUAUCCAUCCCAUUUGAUCGCAUCGUAUAUUCGCGUUGCAUUGAGUAUUGUCUUCCUUUUCGUACAAAUUGGUGUUGUGUUUUUAAUUCUCUUCUCCCCCACUUUGAAUUUGGAUGUGUGCAUUUGUUGUGUAGAUUUUCUUUGGUUGCUCUUUUGCCCGUUUACCGUUACCCUCAAAUACGUAUACGUAUCCAUCCAUAUCCGUAUCCGUAUAGUGUGGGAAAUUUUCUGUUCUAGUUUAUUGUUUAAGUGUUGGUGUUGUCUGAAAGAAAAUCCAUAUGUGAUUUCGUAUGUGUUUGUCAAAUUAGAAAAAUCAACAAAAAGAAAAUCGAAUUAGAGAAACGGUACAAAGAGAGAGAGAAAGAGAACACGAAAGAGAGAGAGAAGAAAAUUUAUGUUUUUGUGUACAUUUCGGUGUGUCGGUGUCCAAUUGUUUUGUUUUCUUCUUCUUCCUUGUCAUAAAAUCCAUGGAAUGAACUGAAAAUUAAAUUAAAACAAAAUACAAAAAAUUAAAAUAGAUAAAUAAAUAUAAAAAAUUGUUUGCAUGAAAAUUUAAGGAAAUUCCUAAUAUUUGUAUGCAAUCAUUUAUUUGUUAGAAUAACAUUUUUCUCGGAUAAUGAAUUGAAAAAAUACCAAAAAAAUACGUAAAAUAAUAAUACAAAUAAAAUAUUAACACAAAACAGGAUUUCCCAACUCACUUGACACACAUUCGGAUUAUGGUACUCAAAGAAAUAAUGACCCAACGAAGAAACAGGACGACAAACGAGGAAUAAGCAGGUUUCUUUUUCGAUUCCUGUUCGUGGAGAGAACAUUGUAUGUGAAUCAGAUUCGAAGGACGGGAGACGACUGCUGUACAUCCCUACCCCAGAGGCUAACGUGGUAACGGACGGACGGAAAGACGGACGUACACGGUUUAGGUAGAUAGAUAUCUAUCUGAUCACAAUAAAUUUUGUCUACAAAACAAAAUAAAAUUUUACGAUGACCACAUCAUCAUAUUGGCAUGAUAUGACGCCGAAACUAUUGCGAGAACUAUGCAUAAGCAAAAUACACAUUUUCCUUCUUUUAACAUUGUACGUGAUUGGAAAUUUAAGUGCCUGGCAGGAGAAUGUUCGACCGAAGCUUUAUGUGGAAUUGGGUCCAGAAGACGUGCUUAAGUUUCUUGGAAAUGACACCGUUUUAGAUCACUUUAAACUUGUAACAAAAGAUGGAAAUAGUUUACUUGUGGGUGCGAGGAAUGUUGUGUAUAAUUUGAGCAUACACGAUUUAACAGAACAACAAAGGCUUCUUUGGUCUUCUCCAGAAAACGACGUUAAGAUGUGCGUCAUGAAAGGAAAAGAUGAUGAGGCCUGCCAAAACUAUAUUCGAAUAUUGGUGGUUACAUCGCCCGGAAGAUUACUUGUUUGCGGUACAAACUCAUUUCGACCCGAAUGCACAUCGUAUGUCAUCAACGCAAACAAUUACUCCCUCGAGGCAACGAAAAGUGGACAGGCAGUUUGUCCAUAUGACCCAAAACACAAUUCAACAUCAGUUUUUGCAGAUAAUGAAUUGUACACGGGUACAGUGGCCGACUUUAGUGGUAGUGAUCCUAUUAUCUACCGCGAACCACUCCAGACUGAACAAUAUGAUAGCCUAAGUUUAAAUGCACCAAACUUUGUAAGUUCAUUUACACAGGGUGAUUUUGUGUAUUUCUUCUUUCGAGAAACAGCUGUAGAAUAUAUUAACUGCGGGAAGGCUGUAUAUUCUCGUGUGGCAAGAGUAUGUAAAUGGGAUAAAGGAGGUCCUCAUCGUUUUCGUAAUCGAUGGACAUCUUUUCUUAAAUCUAGACUGAAUUGUUCAAUUCCAGGGGAUUAUCCUUUUUAUUUCAAUGAAAUUCAGUCAGCAAGUAAUCUUGUGGAAGGAAGUUAUGGGCAUUCCAAUUCCAAACUUAUAUAUGGAGUUUUUAAUACGCCAAUUAACUCCAUACCAGGAUCAGCAGUGUGUGCUUUUAACUUGCAGGACAUCGCAGAUACAUUUGAGGGCAACUUUAAAGAACAAACUGGUAUUAACUCCAAUUGGCUUCCUGUUAACAGUGCAAAGGUGCCAGAUCCUCGACCAGGCUCAUGUCAUAACGACUCACGUACCCUUCCAGACUUAACAUUGAAUUUUAUAAAAACCCAUUCACUUAUGGACGAGAACGUUCCAGCAUUCUUUGGGCAACCGAUUUUGGUUAGAACGAGUACAAUCUAUCGUUUUACACAAAUAGCUGUGGAUGCCCAGAUUAAAACUCCCGGAGGCAAAACAUACGAUGUGAUAUUUGUUGGAACGGACCAUGGUAAAAUAAUUAAGUCAGUUAAUGCAGAAUCAGCUGAUUCGAAUAAAAAAGUGUCAUCGGUGGUGAUUGAGGAAAUUGAUGUACUAACGAAAAGUGAACCGAUUCGAAACUUGGAAAUUGUUCGUACUAUGCAAUAUGAUCAACCCAAGGAAGGUAGCUACGAUGAUGGAAAGCUUGUAAUUAUCACCGAUAGUCAAGUACUGGCAAUUAAAUUGCACCGUUGCAACAAUGAUAAAAUAACCAGUUGCAGUGAAUGUGUAGCACUUCAGGAUCCGUACUGUGCAUGGGACAAAAUUGCUGGCAAAUGUCGUUCUCAUGGCGCUCCCAGAUGGCUGGAGGAAAAUUAUUUCUAUCAAAACGUUGCAACUGGGCAACAUGCGGCGUGUCCAUCAGGUAAAAUUUCAUCGAAGGACGCAAAUGUCGGAGAGCAGAAAGGCUACAGGGACGAUAUGGAUUUAUUGGAUUCUCGACGUGCUGGAAAGGAUCAAGAAAUCAUCAAUAUAAUGCAGGACAAAGACUUUGAAGGUCCACAAAUUUCUGCAGAUAUAAUCAAUGCCCAAUACACCGUUGAAACGCUCGUUAUGGCCGUACUAGCCGGGUCAAUAUUCUCCCUAUUAGUGGGAUUCUUUACAGGAUACUUUUGCGGUCGACGUUGUCACAAGGAUGAAGAUGAUAAUCUUCCAUAUCCUGAUACAGAAUAUGAAUACUUCGAACAGCGUCAAAAUGUGAAUAGGAUUCAUUGUAGAAUUCAAGCUGAACCCAAACUACUUCCGCAAGUUGAGGAAGUGACGUAUGCAGAACCAGUUCUUCUACCUCAGGCGCCUAGUCAGAAUAAACUUCAACACUCGCCGAAGAACACACUUCGAAAACCAAUGCAUCACCACGGAGCCAAUUCCGAAACACUCUUCCAAUUCCAACCCGAUAAUUUUAAUAAUCGAGAAACAUAUCGUGGCCGUGAUAAUUUUGGUACUCUAAGAUCACAUCAAGGUGACAACUACCGACGGGGCGAUGGUUUUUCGACGACACGAAGUGUAAAAAAGGUAUACCUUUGAGACGGGAGUGGGGCGGCUGAGACCAGUCAGGGACUUAUUACCCAAAAUAUGGCUGUUAACACAAACACACGAAACAGAAGCCUUGGCCGAUUAAGGAGACAGCCGCCCCGUCAUGGUAUUGUAACUCAACACCGUUCAAAUAGUCCCCAAAAUUCAAGUUCGGGAUCAUCGCCUGUUAUGUCAAAUAGUAGUUCUAGUCCAGCACCACCAUCCAGUAGUCCAAGUCCACAAGAGAGCCCAAAGAAUUGUAGCUAUAUAUACCGUGAUUGAUUGAUAUGCAACACUAAAUCCAUGCCACUCAUAAAAUCAGCCACCUCCACCAUCAUCGCUGCAACUUCAUCACCAACAAAGUCUAUUCAGCAGCAACCAGUUGUGGUAACGAUGCCGUCAUUACCAAAAAAUUCAAAUGAAACGCAUUUCAUCAUAAGAACUGAGAACGAGGCCAACGUCAACACCACCAACUUUGCUGGUCCAACCACCAUCAAUACCACUGCUGCCGUCGUACCCAAAAAGACUUUCUGUGACAAAAAUGAUGAUGACAAUGAUGAUGAGGACAGUGGCGUGAACGAUAAUAUCAGUGGCAAACCAACAUCGACGGCAAUGAUGCGAUUUCCUAGCAUAAAUUCAGCCAACAAAAUCAAUCAAUGCUUCAAAAUAACUCCGUCUAACAAAAGUUUGAUAUUAACUGACAAGGAAUCAUUCAACAUGGGUGGCGUUAAUGCUGAAGACAAUAGAACCCACAAAAGCUGCAGCACAACACCAACGUCAUCGUCAGGCCUGGCCUACACUCCAAUAAAUACGAGUAGUAUCAAACUGCCAACUGCUAUAUUUUCGCCGCAAUUCAACGAGAAUCUUGCAACACUUAAUCGCAAAUGGACAAAAUUCAAUCGUCGCAGCCAUCGUCGCCGCAAUAGUAGCUCUGGGGAUUCCAAAGAGCUCGACAAACUAGUCCUCAAAUCAAUGGAAUGGGACGAUAAUGAUAUUUAUUAAACAAAACAAAAAUGCAAAUUAAUUUUACAUAAAUUAUUAUGAAUUGACAGCAGCAUGCGCAUCACAAGGAAAACUCCUCCAAAACAUAAAUAAAUUUUAAUAAACAAAACAAAAAUAGAUUAACGAUAUUAAAUUUAAUAACGAAAAUAAAAAAAAAAACAUUAUACUUACCAAAUAUAAAACAAAAAAUAAAAAUGUAAAUUACUAAACAAUCAUAAGAUACAUAUAUGGGGAAAAAAAGCCUAUCAAACUUCCUUUAAAACUCAUUUACAUACUAAAUUAGUAUAAAAGAUUAAAAACAAAAUAAAGUUUUACAUGAACUACAUUUUAGAUAAAAUAAACAAAAUAACUUAAGCUUAAAUCAAACACAACACAUAAAAACACAAACCACACACACGAACAUGAUAAAAUUUCAUAAUUUAACAUUAUAAAUAAUAAUAAAAAUAGGGAAAAAUUAUAUACAAACAUAAAAACAACAAAUCUUUAUCAAAACCUGUAAAAUAGAUAUUUUAUAGUUUAUUAUUUAAACUAAAUUGUAAUAAGGGUGAGCGACAACGUUGUUAGGGAAUAUAUUAUGUGUAUAUUCUGUGUACGUAUAUUAAUAUUUAAACUUGUAUCUAUAUUAAUAUAUGUAUACGAAACCUUGUAUACAUAAAUAUUUUUACACAUACAUUACAUAGUCUAUAGUACUAUAUUAUAUAUAUAUAAAUUUAAGAACACAAAACAAACAUUCUAGUGAUUUAAAAUUUUAAAUACAAAAACAAAUCAGAAAAAAAGAAAAUAAUUAUUUAUUAUAUAAAUAAAAACAAAACAAAAACAAACAUUUAAAGACAUUUUUUAGAUACAUCAUAAAUGAUAUUUAAUUAUAAAAGCAAAAACAAAACAAACAUAAAAUAACAGUCAUCUUAAGUAGCGCAUUAUUUUAUCAACAUACAUUUUUAUACAAUUAUCAGUGAACUCUUUUAAGUUUUUUUUUUAAAGUUAUUUAUUUUAAUAAGUUUCAUUAUAUUUGGUUUUUGGUGGGGUAUAGAUUAUUUUAAUUCCGACAUUUCGAAUUACGAUUAGGACAAUUUAUAGACCAUUUUAUUUAUUUAAAUUAAUAUGGAAGAAAUUAUAGUAUGUAUAAAAAUCCUGAAAAAUAGUCUUACAAUGAUCACUAAGUAAAGUUGUUUUCGGUGAAAGGGCUGGGGCAUAGUUAUAUUUCCUACUAUUAGCAAUUUUUGAUAGAAUUGAAACAAAAAGUGUCGAGCUAAUUAAAUCAUGUGUUUUUCGAUUGGUAUCGAGAAGCAUAACAGCACUUUUCUAUUUCUACUAUCCGUUGUGUGGUAGAUAGUGCGUAGUAUUGUCAUGCCAGAGGUUUUAGAUUCAUUCCCUACCAGUGCCAUCUUAAGUUUUCCAUGGGUACUACCUCCCCUUGUGCGGAAUUGACAAAUCCUCCAAGAGUAAUUUUUGUCAUGAAAAGUGCUUUUUGAAAUUAGCCGUUAGGAUUCGGCUUAAAACUGUAGGUCCACUCCAUCCCUGACAACAUUACUCGCACACAUUAAUAGUGAAGAGUUGUAAGUUACUGGGCCUUACUUCUCAACGGACUGUUGCGCCACCUAAAAUAAAAAAAGGCUUUUCAAAGCUAUGAAACUUACGGAAUGUCUGUAACUGGCUGUCAUAUAAAUAGCAGUGCUUGUUUGCACUUGGAUUCAUAAUAGAGCGCAACGUUGAUCAUUGUUUUUCGCCCAGAGUUAUCUCGGAACGGACGAAUAAAGUAUUAACUGAAUGUGGCAAAAUUCACAAAAAUUCUUCAUAUAAAACGAGAGGCUAAAUGAGUUUCAUUAUUAAAUCAGGAAGCUUGUUUCUGAGCUGAAAAUAAAACGUCCCAUGAAUUUGAAUUUCGAAUCUCCAAUCAAAAAAUAUUAUUUUUUGAUUAUUUGUUUAAAUGAGAACGACAAUAAACGUAUAAAAAAGGGCAAAUAUCUACUCUGUGUAUAAAUAAGAACUUAAUAGAUUACAUUUUAAUCAUUUACACAAGCUAAUAUAAUAUGUUUUUCCGUAUAAUGAAACAAAUAAAUUAUUUAACGAAUCAACACUGAUUUGAAUAUUUGCAUCGGAUGACAGAAAGUAGAAGAUAUUUGAAACCAGAUUUACACAUAAUCCAAUUCUCGGAUGAUUGACUUAUGUGCGUAAAGCUUAAAAUUGAGCUGUGCAUGUUUAUUUGCACAACCUGUUAAAUACUCCAAUGUAAUGAAGUCAUUACGAAGUUACUAGUUAACAGACCUUGAAGGCCUCUUGGGCUACUUCUCAAGUGCUUAUUAAUCGAAAACAACUUAUUUCCAUUGAAUCAUUCUAAAUAUUUGUAGGUACCAACGUUGUUUUUGUGAUAUUUCAUUAUGUAUUGUAAUUUCUUCAUUUAUAAAUAAAAAUAAAAAUAUUUUACGCAAUGGUCAUUUUAAGUAUCAAAUUGUUGUUUGUGUUGAACUUUUAAAGGUUUUUUUUAGAUUAUUUUUCAAUAUAUAUGAGAUGUACAUUUGUAUACUAUAUAGUUAUUUUAUUAGAGCCUCAGGAAUUAACAGUCAGUUAUAAACUAUUUAUAUGUAUAAUUAUGUAAGUUCGUUUUUUUUAAUAAAGGUCCAGAAUUUCAAAUGAUUUCAAUUACAAAAACAAAGGCUUAAUUUAACUUUCAUACAAAUUUUUGUCUAAACUUUUAACAAAGCUAAAUCUUGAGGGAAAAGUUCUUAUGAAAGUUAAAAUUUAACGUUACUAUUUUACCUUUCAAUGUAAUAUGCUUCAUAGUUUCCGUCAACUAUUUGACUUAAAGUUAGAUGGCAACAAAUUCAGAGCUUCCUCCAUUCGCCGCCGUCUAAUGAAGUAAGAAUACCACUGUGUUCAUUCCAUCUACAUGUCAUGACACAACAAAAUAAAUUGCAAUCUUUUUUGAUGAGAUAAAUUUUGGUGUGUUCUUCUUAUAGUCCUUAUCCUUAUAUCCUUAUUUCUUUUCGUGCAUACUAGACCAAAUACUCUUUUUUCACUGCUGCUCAAUAUUUUUUUCUCUAAAUAUAAUAUUUAACACAAAAAAUCCCUAUUUUUGAGUCGUAUUCACUAAAGCGAAACGAUGCAAUUUUUAAGGUCAUUUUGGCCAAUGAUUUUUUUGUCUGGGAAAACCUGGAACUAUUUGCAUUUACUUUAUAAACUAAAAAUAGAAGUUUUAGUUUUUUUUUUAAAUUGUAAUACCUCGUUUAACAAUUAUUCAAAAAUUAAGCACAAAGAAAAUAUGAAUUUUCCAUUUAAAAAGCCUCAGCCAGUGAUAUAAUUCUUAUUCUCAUUAAUUUAUUCCAAGUAGCAAAUUCUAUAAACCAGCCGUAAAGGAAGUCAGACUUAAACUUUAUAUUGACAUUUUCACUUUGAGCUAUAUGUGAUAAGGAACUUCGAUUCCCUCCAUAACUCAUAAAUCGGAACCUGUAGUUGGGGUGAUUGUUUUUAUCUAAUUUGUCUACAAUGUUGUUUCUAUACAAAUCCUAUAGUUCGAGUACUGCCAUUUAAUUUUCUUCUUUAAGAAAGACGAAUAGUUAAUGAUCCUUUUAAUACAGUUUAAAAUUAAAGAUUUUUUAAGCACUUUAAAUGUUUUUUUUUUUAUUUUUUACAAGACGAAUGCCACCAAUUGAAACAAAACAAAAAACUGGACUUUUCUUACUUUCGUAACUUUCGUUUUAAAUUUAUAAUAGUUAUGAAAAAAUAGAAUCCAUAAGGCCUGUAUAUUUUUUCUCAUUAACUCUGACAAUUUUCUUUCUUUUCAAUUUUUUUAAACAAAAAUUGGUCUUAAAAUCAAUACAAACAAAAAGAAAUCAAAUUAUAAUGUAUAUACUAUAGUAUACAUACUGUAAACAUUAAAGUAAAUAUUUUACAAAUAAAUACAAAAUAAAACAAAUCAAAUGCAAAUACAAAUACAAAUACAUACAAAUACCAUUAUACAUUAAGAAUAAAUUAAGCCAAUAAACUUUUUGUUUUAUUAUUUAUUAUGUACAAAGCUGCACGUUAUUCUCAUAGUGACUUUUUCAUUUAUUCAUCAUAUAUAAAUAAAUACAAAAAAAAACGAUUUUCAUUUUUUCUAAACAUAAAAAUAAAAGAUACAAAUAUUAAUAAACAUAAAGCGUAGGUAAAUCUAAAUCCCGAUUUCGAAAAAAUAUCCCGACACAAAAAUAAAAAUCAAGAUCAAUUUUGAGCUUAAAGCACACCGCAUCUCUCAAAGCUCUUUCUUUUUAAUCCUGUCGAAAUUGUGAGAGUUUACUUAUCCACAAAAAUCUCUGCAUAUAUUUAACAACAACAACAAAUAAAAUAAACAUUUUUCUUAACCUUAAAUCAGCCAAAGACGAUAGCAUAUUAGUUUAACUACAGUUAUUUAAAUUUAAAAAAGAAAGGAAAUAAGGAGACUUUUUAAAAAUAUAAAUAUUUUGUUAUAAUUAUGUGCAUCUAAAAAACAGACUGAAGUUUCAUACGUAUGAUUUUUUUUUAAAUUUUGUACACCUAAGUUAUAGUUAGUUAAUUUUUAAAAGGGAAAGAAAUGUUUUAUUAAUUUUUAAAUUUGUAUUAUUUUUUUUUAUUUCGUUGUAAUGAUACUUUUUUAAUCGUGGAAAUAAAAGCAAUUUAUUUAAUUUUUUUAAUCCAUAAAAUGGUGUUUUAUUUUUUUUAUCUAUCUUCCUUCUUAAAGGUUUUUUCUUUAUUCAUCCAUUAUUUUUUUUACAAAAUAUAUAUAUAUAUAUAUAUAUAUAUAAUUAUAUACGUACAUAGCAGAAAACAAAAAUACGAAGUAAUAAACAAAAAUCUUUUUUACAUUUAACACAAAGAAAAAGAAAUAAAUAAAAAUCAAUAGCAUUAGUCGCAAAUUGUAAAUUAGAAAUUAUUAAUAAAUUUUAAACGAGAGCAAACCUUAGAUUUUUAAAAAAUGAAAUUAAAAAAAAAUAUUAUAUGCAUCUAGAAAGUAUAACUUGUACACAAAAAUAAUAAUAAAAGAAUGAAAAACAAAACAGACAAAAUAAAAUACUCAUAAAAUGUUAAAUGAUAUACAACCUAAGUUUCCUAUUAAAUCUACGUAAGAAGUUAUUUCUUUUUCAUGUUAAAAUACAUAAGUGAUUAUAGAAUUAAAAACAAAAUAUUUUCUUCGUUUCAAUUUGCUAUUAUAUAAUAUUAUGACUUUAUAUAAGUUUAUUGUUUUUAUGAAUAAAAAAUAAAAAAAAAAGAAAAUUAAAAACAAAAAUUACUAAUAAAACAAAAACAAAAAACACAUGAAAACCGAAAAAGUACGAUUUUGUAUAAUGAAUCUUUUUAAUCACGUACCUAUGUUUAGAGAAAUAAAUAUUAAAGCAAUACCUACACUUUUAAACAUAAUGUAAAAUACAAAGAAAAAAACAAAAAGAAAAAUUAAAUCAACAAACGAAUCAUCAGAAGAAACUUAUUUGUACGGAGGUUAUUCUUUAUAACAAAGAUUAUUGAUUCUGAGGUUUAAUCUAAAAUUUAAAAACAAAAGAAAAAAACUUGGAGAAAAUACACAAAAUACAGAUAUUAAAAAUAAAACCAAAAGGAACACAUUUGUACAAUUAGUAAGAUUAAAACAAAAAUAAUAUCAAAUUUUAUAGAAACAGAUAUAUUCAAAGCUCGUUUUUACGUUUUCCUUGCGAAACAAACAAACAAACAAAAAUACUCUCAACCUUUCCUUUAAGUUUGUAAAUGUUUCUAUUUUAAGCAGGGGAAUCAUUCCGUAAUUUCCAAAACGGUAAUCUUCAAAACGAUCAACAUUAACAAUAUCGCCAAUAAUUUGCUUCCCGUAACUAGUUUUCAGUUAGAAACACAAAAUCAUCUGCAAAAGUGUAUACAACUUAUGGAUGAGCAUCCUUCCCCCAAUGAAAAUAAACCCAAUUCUGUCCAAGGGAAGGAAGAUAAGACUCCAUUUUAUCCACAGUCAACAUAACUUGGCUUCAAAAAUAUUUGCUGUUUUCAAAACUAUUUUGGAUGAGUGAUUCUAAAAUCGUUGCCUAUCAAGCAUACCAAUGUUCCUCUGCCCCCAAAUUGUCAAUAGUUCGUAAUAUUGAGGGUAUAUAUGUAGAACGACAACCGUCUGUCAAAUUUAUUGUUUCCAGUAUCAUUAUAAAGCCUUUUUUUGAAAUUCCAAAACAUUGAACGAAUCUAUUAUUGUUUAAUUUAUUUUACAACAAUUAAGAA